AAAUUGGCAUACAGAAGCUAUGGAUGAAGCAAAGAGAAUAGAAGAAGGACUAGCCCGUGAAGCCCAGACUCAGCUUAUUAAGGAAGAUUGCGAAGGUGACUUGUGCAAGAAAUUAGACAGAAACGAUGGCAGAGAUCGCGUCGACAACAUGCUUGACCAGCCUGUGGCCGAGAAAGCAGAGGAGCAGCCCCAGGUCACGCAGAAGAGCAAGAGGGUCGCGACUUUAGAUGCAUUUAGAGGCCUCACCAUAGUGUUGAUGAUUCUUGUGGAUGAUGCCGGGGAAGCGUAUGCACGCAUCGACCACUCGCCUUGGAACGGUUGCACAUUGGCUGAUUUUGUCAUGCCUUUCUUUCUCUUCAUUGUCGGGGUGGCAAUCGCCCUUGCUCUCAAGAAAAUUCCCAGAAUCAAGGAUGCAAUAAAAAAGAUUGUCAUAAGGACAUUGAAGCUUCUUUUCUGGGGCAUUCUGUUGCAAGGAGGAUAUUCCCAUGCACCUAAUGAUCUGUCCUAUGGAGUAGACAUGAAACACAUCCGUUGGUGUGGCAUCCUCCAGCGAAUAGCACUUGUUUACUUCAUGAUAGCCCUAAUAGAGACUCUCACCACAAAGCACAGACCAACAGUACUUGAGCCUGGACAUUUAUCUAUUUUCACAGCAUAUCGUUGGCAAUGGAUGGGGGGAUUCGUCACUUUUGUAAUUUACAUGGUGACGACAUAUGCUUUAUAUGUUCCUGAUUGGUGUUUCGUUGUCCACGGCCAGGAUGGACCCAAGAGAUAUACAGUCAAUUGUGGAAUGAGAGGACACCUAGGUCCUGCAUGCAAUGCAGUCGGCUACGUCGACCGACAGGUUUGGGGUGUCAACCAUCUGUAUUCACAGCCAGUCUGGCAACGGUUAAAGGCUUGCACUCUUAGUUACCCGAGUUCCGGCCCUUUUCGUGAGGAUGCUCCUACAUGGUGCCGUGCUCCAUUUGAGCCAGAAGGCUUAUUGAGUACAAGUUCUGCCAUUCUAUCUGGCACCAUUGGCAUCCACUAUGGGCAUGUCCUGAUUCACUUCAAGGGUCACUUUGAGAGGCUCAAGCAAUGGGUCUCAAUGGGGCUUUGCUUACUUAUCGUUGCCAUUAUCCUGCAUUUCACAGACGCCAUUCCUAUUAACAAGCAGCUAUAUAGCUUCAGCUAUGUCUGCUUCACAGCCGGUGCAGCCGGAAUUGUGUUUUCUGCCUUCUACAUUGUGAUCGAUGUUUGGGGAUUGAGAACGCCCUUCUUAUUCUUGGAGUGGAUUGGAAUGAACGCAAUGCUUGUGUUCGUGAUGGCUGCACAGGGCAUCUUCGCUGCAUUCAUAAAUGGAUGGUACUCCAAAGAUCCAGACGACAAUCUGGUGAAUUGGAUCCAGAAGCACAUAUUCAUUAACGUUUGGCACUCUAAGCGGUUAGGGACGCUCUUGUAUGUGAUAUUCGCGGAGAUAGUUUUCUGGGGAAUUGUCUCCGGCAUCCUACACAAACUGGGCAUAUACUGGAAGCUAUGAGAACCAACCAUCUGCGGAUGGCUAAUCGUUGCUCCUCUCACAUGUUCUGAAUGCCCUUCCUUUCUUUUUUCCUAGCUUCUCUUGUACUUUUUGGAAGUUGCUCGGAUUUUAACCUGCUCGGUUCUACUGUCAAUGUGGUUUUGUUGUACAUUAGAUUAUCUUGAUUCAGGAAGUGUAAU